AUGGAUGACUAUCAACCUAUGAGUUUCGACUUCCUUGAUGAAAACAUUAUGUUCAUUAGAGAUUUAAACAUUCCAGGCCCUGAGGAAGGACCCGAACCAGGAUUGCGAUGGACGGUCAUGUUCGACGGUGCUUCCAAUGCCCAAGGAAAUGGAAUUGGGGCAAUUAUCACCUCUCCAACCGGUUUUCAUUUACCUUUCACUGCAAGGUUGUGCUUCAACUUCACUAAUAAUAUGGUGGAAUAUGAAGCAUGCAUCUUUGGCAUAGAAGCAACCAUUGAUUUAAGGAUCAAGAUCCUUGAAGUUUAUGGAGAUUCAGCCUUGGUAAUCAGCCAAGUUAGGGGAGAUUGGGAAGUGCGAGAUCACAAGUUGAUCUCGUGCAAGGAACAUGACUUGAAGCGAAUCCCAUACUUUAUUGAGAUUACAUUUCACCAUUUCACUAUGGCAUCCAUGUUCAAGGUUGAGUGGAAGACUGAAGCACCAUCUAUCUGCAUUGACUACUUGGAUGAACCAACAUACUAUUUGGCAGCCCAAGAUGAAUCAGAUGGUCAUCCAUGGUUCUAUGAUAUCAAUAGGUAUCUAGAAAAGCAAGAAUAUCCAGAGAAUGCAUCCAUUACAGAUAAGAAGUACCUCUGA